AUGACCGCGAUGGUGCAGGUGCCCUUCUGCCUGGGCGCCAUCGGAGUAUUCCACUCGGUGCCCAGAGACCAGAUGGGCGCCGACUUGAAGCUCUCCCCCUGCGUCUUGGCCAAGAUCUUCGAUGGCGCCAUCACCACCUGGGACGCCCCGGAGAUCCUCGCAGAGAACCCCAGCCUCUCGGUGCCGGCCGGCACCAAGAUCCAGGUGGGCCCCCGCAGCCUUGGGUCCAGCAGCACCGGAGGCAUCACCGGCUACCUCCAGGCCAAGUGCCCGACCUCCUGGACGAGAGGCUCCGGGAGCACCAUCACCUGGCCCACCUCGGACAACUUCAACGCGGUGCAGGGCUCGCCGGGCAUGUUGGCCCAUGUGACCGACACGCCCUAUGCCUUGGGAUACCUGGAUGCUGGCCACGGGCAUCAGCGCAGCUUGCAGGAAGUGAGCCUCCAAAACGAGGCCAACACCUGGCUCACCUCCAAGGAUGCCAUGGCCGCCACAGACAGCAACGGGAACAACGGCAUCUCUGCAGCGGGGAAGGCAGCGGUGGAUGCCGGGGAUAUCCCAACUGACGCAUCCGCGGACGGAGCGCCGUGA